AUGUAUCCUAUUAUUGAAGUAUAUUGCGAAGACCAGUGCGGGAAAGACAGUGACGUCUACUGUCGUUACAGCGAGGAUUACGACAAUGGCUGGGACCCAAUUUGUGACGAGCCCGAGGUCGUCUGUGACGGUGUAGAGGACAGGUACAAGAAUGUGACGGAGCCACCUGGGCAUUCGGUGUACUGGCAUCUGAUGGCCUCCAAGGCCAAGAGUUUUUGGGCAGACUUGUACACUACGAAAGGCAUUGAUCAGGAAAAUAUCAAAUGGGAAAAUGUCCAUCAUUGGGAGUGUGCGCCUAGCGACGAUACAUGUGCAUACCGACACUGGGAUUAUAACUUCCCUGUGGCCGACGGGUAUGACAAGGAAGACGUACUCAACCCGAAAGACGUUGUGUCAGACGCUCACAAGAAUGUCACAUUUCUCAGCUCUGAGAUGACUAGGGUUCCGGAUCUUAUGACUAAGGGGACUUUCUCACUCGAUGCUGAUGAUUUGGUAGAAGCAUUGUCGCUUCCAAUCUCUAUGGUUGCGGACGCUGCCAAGGAAAUUGGAGAGGAAAUCGAGGAGGCCAAGCGGGAGGCGAUUCUAAUGGCUUUCCUGACUGCCAUCUUCUUCUUUAUUCCAGUAAUUGGUGAAGGUGCUGGUGCUGUCAGUUCCAUGGCAGCUAUUGGCCGAAUUGUUGGGUGA